UCAAAAUAGACUACUAUGUUAAAUAGCUUUCAAAGUUUGCGUGUGAACCUCAGUUCGUUUACAUUUCUAAUAUCUAUUGCAUCUUCUCUAGCACUCGUUGCGGUGUCUCGCACACGCCUCGCCAUUUGAAGACAAGUGCCGCGGCGUGCGCCCGCGCAUAUGUGCCUCGUAACUCUCCCGCCGAUUGCAUCGUUCGUUUGUCGAAUGUCCACGCGAUUCGUGCUGAGCAUAACAAUCAGUUAUUUCAAGCAAAGCAUAUAAAUUACACACAUAACCAUAUCUGGAUGGAACGCGCGAACGUGUGGUGAUAGUUAUGUGUCCAAAUGACUGGUGCUUCAGUGUGCAAAACAUCCUAGAAUCGUUGUGACGGCUCAAAAUACAGUGCCAGUGAUAACUUUGUUGUAAACAAUGCCAGGACACGCGGGCAGCCCCUACUGGGCUGCUGUAGACUUUGACAGCGAAGGGGAAGAGGCGCAAACGCCUCCGAGUAAUCACCGGGUGUAUCUGGAUCCCUGGGAUAACGAGGCUUACGGGAUGAUGCAAGCGGAGACAGCGGAGUCCAGCCAAGGAGAUAACUUCAAUUCGUUUGCCGGCGAGCCAGUCAGUGCUAGUUUUUAUUACGUCCCUACAAAAAACUAUGAUUCUGGAGAAGAGCCGCCGCUGCCGCCGCCUAGGUGGAAAAGAUCUCCACCUGAAGAAAUAAUUGCGCCGGAGUACGCGAUGUAUGGACGAAAAGCAUCACGAACUAUUGUACCAGAGUUUCCUCCCGAUGCUGCAAUAUACGGAGAGAGACCUAUAAGAGACCGAAGAAGGUCAAUGUUCGUGGACGAGCCGACGUACGUCCCCCACCCGAUGCUUUACGAGCCACUGUACGGUGGUGUGGUACCGCCAGGAUACAUGCCUCCGCCCCCCAGAACACGCAUGUCCCUCUCACAUCCUCCCGAGUAUGUGAUGGCAGGACUUGGAUACCCCAAUAGUAGGAGACACUCCAGAAUGACCGAUGCAUACGAGCAGUUUGCGUACGAAAGCCUGUCUCCGGAAUACGAAGAUUGGGCGCGACCGUUCCCAAAAACUGCCCCGGACAACUUCCAUCUGUCCAGAUACGGACACCUCCAAAUUGACUACUCCUGCAGUUGGAACUCCCUCGACAGGCUCAUUCGUAGCCAGCACCGAGGAUAAAGCAAGGAAACUGUAACAAACUUGACUGAAACCUGGGGACUGAAUACAAAGUUACUUUUGCAACUAUGCACGCGUUAAUUUUGCGCAUGCAUGCCUUCUAUGUGUGUAGAUGCUUAAUUAUAGUUAAUUGUGGUAUUCAAAGCAUGUUUAUAUGUUUCGGUAGCGGCAAGAUCGUGCACAUUUUUGUAAUUCAUAGUUACGAUGAAACUCGUGUGCUGUGCUGUCAGACGCAUGGAACGGAUCGAAAGUUGGUUCCGGAUUCUCUAAAAACUGAACGAACGCAUCCCUGCGCAAGCAUAUGAUAGUCUUGAACGCACAUUUCCGGAUGCAAUUGUGUGGAAACCCGUUAUGUGUAAGAGUAUAUCUGCAAAUGUCUUCCGCACUUACUUAGAGGUAAUCGUACUCAUGUAUUCGGCCCCUCCAAAGUUAUUUCAAUGGUCAAUUUACCUAGUUAUGGUUAUAAACAUUCAUUCGUAAUUUGCUAUUAUGCUUUAGGAAUCUAACUUCCGCAAUUUUCGCUCUGUUUAUAAUCAAGAUCAAUAUUAAUCUGUCUGUUUACUUAAGGUAUUUUAAAUAUAGUGAGAGGCUUUUACGUAAGUGAAGUACAAGACGAAUUGUUUAAUUAUUAAGGUGCUAAAUAUUACCUAUCUAUAUUAUUUUUUAAUCAAUUAAAGAAACUAAGUGCUAGCCAAAGAAAAUACAUUAUUAUGCUUAAGUAAAAUGUUUAUUUCAUUAGGUACCUAAAUAAUAAUUAUGAGGCUGAAACCAAGAAACACCAAUGUUGGUGUGCAACUAUGUAAAGUAGGCUACAUAAGUUUUCUGUGCUAAAGGUGUUAUUAAGUUUUUUUUUUUUAUAUAUAAAAAAUGCAUUGGAAUGAAUAUAAAUAAUUGAGAAACUAAAA